AAUCAGUUGUAAGCAUACGUAAAAAUAUUAAUAUAGCAUGGUUUCCACCGAAAAGGAGCCGGCUUUAUCAGCCAAAGACAAGAAAAAAUCUUCCAAAAUUUGUGUCGGUCGCGAAACGCUCGAGAGAAUGAAUUUUCUCUACCAGGCCGCUACGCUUAUGUCCCAAACAAAUCCACAACUUUCCGCUUCCUAUGGAAAGUUAGCAAAAUCAAUUGGGAAAAAGGCUGUGAUUCGGAUGGAACCCGCGAUCAAACGCACGCUGUGCGUACGAUGUGGAGUUCUACUAAAUCCCGCUACUACCGCGGAUGUUGUUGAUUUUCGACACAAGCAACUGUGCUAUGUACAGGUGAACUGUAAACUGUGUGGAUAUGUUAAACGCUUUUAUAACAGCAAAAAUCAUCAUCUUUGGCUAGAUAAUCCUAGUUCCUUGGUAGAGCAAAUAGAGUUCGAUUAAAUGUCGAAAUAUGGUAAAUUUAUUGGAACUAUUGUUUAGUCCCAAGGUGGUGUCGCCAACCCAAGGUGUAGCAUAAUGCGUACUAAGCGAUUUUAAAACCGGGUCAAUUGUCGAUCGGCAGAUAGAAGUAAAACUAAUUAAAUGUAAAAGUUCUGAUCACGAUCGGUCAGCAGUAAUUAUGUAUAAAAAUGAUAUGUUGAGGAAUAGGGGUCCUGUCCAAAAUCCGGCUUCACAUGACAGGGACCUGUCCAAAAUCCCAUCCGGACUAAUCCUUCGUACGCAAGACUGACUAUCCGGCUACGAGUAAAUAAAGUCAAAGAAAGCCAGAAAUGCCAGACCUCUUGAGAUUGUUGUGGUAAUAAAAAAGAAGAUUGUUUACAAAGUUGUUUAAAAAGUAGAACAUCCCCCUUUUACGGCAUGUUUGUACAUGAUGCAAGCAAGAUAUACGAAGCAUUUUACAAAAAUAUACGAUU